GACAGAUCACAUGACUAGCACCCAGGAGCAGGGAGAAACAUGGCAGUCUCCAGUGUGUUCAAAGCGGGUCUGUUCAACCACAAAGUGGCGGUGGUAACGGGAGGAGGCACCGGCAUCGGUAAAGCCAUCUCCUCCGACCUGCUGAAGCUGGGCUGUACCGUGGUGAUCGCGAGCAGGAAGUUGGAGAGGUUGGAGGCUGCGGCUGACGAGCUGCGACAGAGUAUACCUCAGUCUAGCCCUGCCUGUGUCACCCCUAUAGUCUGUAACAUACGCAACGAGGAGGAGGUGAAGUCUCUGGUGCGGUCGGUGCUGCAGCGAUAUGGUCGUAUUGAUUACCUGGUGAAUAACGGCGGAGGCCAGUUCAGCAGCCCAGCAGAACACACCUCAUCUAAGGGGUGGAAGGCCGUCAUAGACACCAACCUCACAGGAACCUUCCACUGCUGCAAGGAAGUGUACGCUGCGUGGAUGAAGGAGAAUGGAGGAGUGAUCGUCAACAUCAUCGCUGAUAUGUGGAAGGGCUUCCCAGGCAUGGCUCACACCGGAGCAGCGCGGGCCGCUGUAGACAACCUCACUAAGUCUCUGGCCAUCGAGUGGGCCGUGUCUGGAGUCAGAGUCAACGCCAUAGCGCCGGGCACCAUCGUCUCCAAGACAGCCGUGGAGAACUAUAAGGAGUUUGGACCGACGCUGUUUAAGAUGUCUAUUCCCUUCAGCCCUGCUAAACGACUGGGAGUCCCAGAGGAGAUCUCUCCAGCAGUGUGCUUCCUCCUGUCUCCUGGUGCCUCUUACAUCUCUGGAGCCACUCUGAGGGUGGACGCUGGACAGAGUCUUUACCACUCUAUGUGGGAAAUACCAGAUCACAGUGCGUGGCCCCAGGCCCCAGAGGGAGAGAAUCUGGACGCUCUGAAAGAGUUGCUGAAACCCAAGCUCUAACUAUCACUACGGAAACAAGGUCGUCGCUACGAAGACCAACCCAGCACCACGGUGACCAGCCGUGGCAACGGACGGACGGGUGUAUGAUUGUAGACAGACAGUAGACGUUUAGAGAAUUGUUUUUGAGAACGCUGAUCAGAAAGCUAUCAAUAUGAAUUCAUGGAAGGGUUGAUGUCAACUGUGUGAACCUGUAUCGCCGUGUAUCACCCUGUAUCCCCCUGUGUGACCCUGUAUCCCCCUGUGUGACCCUGUAUCCCCCUGUAUCCCCCUGUGUGACCCUGUAUCCCCCUGUGUGACCCUGUAUCUCCCUUUGUGACCCUGUAUCCCCCUGUGUGACCCUGUAUCCCCCUGUGUGACCCUGUGUGACCCUGUAUCCCCCUGUGUGACCCUGUAUCCCCCUGUGUGACCCUGUAUCCCCCUGUGUGACCCUGUAUCCCCCUGUGUGACCCUGUAUCCCCCUGUGUGACCCUGUAUCCCCCUGUGUGACCCUGUAUCCCCCUGUAUCCCCCUGUGUGACCCUGUAUCCCCCUGUGUGACCCUGUAUCCCCCUGUGUGACCCUGUAUCCCCCUGUAUCCCCCUGUGUGACCCUGUAUCCCCCUGUGUGACCCUGUGUGACCCUGUAUCCCCCUGUGUGACCCUGUGUGACCCUGUGUGACCCUGUGUGACCCUGUAUCCCCCUGUAUCCCCCUGUGUUACCCUGUAUCCCCCUGUGUGACCCUGUAUCCCCCUGAUUCCCCUGUGUGACCCUGUAUCCCCCUGUGUGACCCUGUAUCCCCCUGUGUGACCCUGUAUCCCCCUGUGUGACCCUGUAUCCCCCUGUGUGACCCUGUAUCCCCCUGUAUCCCCUGUGUGACCCUGUAUCCCCCUGUGUGACUCUGUAUCCCCCUGUGUGACCCUGUAUCCCCCUGUGUGACCCUGUAUCCCCCUGUGUGACCCUGUAUCCCCCUGUGUGACCCUGUAUCCCCCUGUGUGACCCUGUAUCCCCCUGUGUGACCCUGGAUCCCCCUGUAUCCCCCUGUGUGACCCUGUAUCCCCCUGUGUGACCCUGUAUCCCCCUGUGUGACCCUGUAUCCCCCUGUGUGACCCUGUAUCCCCCUGUGUGACCCUGUAUCCCCCUGUGUGACCCUGUAUCCCCCUGUGUGACCCUGUGUGACCCUGUAUCCCCCUGUGUGACCCUGUAUCCCCCUGUGUGACCCUGUGUGACCCUGUAUCCCCCUGUAUCCCCCUGUGUUACCCUGUAUCCCCCUGUGUGACCCUGUAUCCCCCUGUGUGACCCUGUAUCCCCCUGUGUGACCCUGUAUCCCCCUGUGUGACCCUGUAUCACCCUGUGUGACCCUGUAUCCCCCUGUGUGACCCUGUAUCCCCCUGUGUGACCCUGUAUCCCCCUGUGUGACCCUGGAUCCCCCUGUGUGACCCUGUGUGACCCUGUAUCCCCCUGUGUGACCCUGUAUCCCCCUGUGUGACCCUGUGUGACCCUGUAUCCCCCUGUAUCCCCCUGUGUUACCCUGUAUCCCCCUGUGUGACCCUGUAUCCCCCUGAUUCCCCUGUGUGACCCUGUAUCCCCCUGUGUGACCCUGUAUCCCCCUGUGUGACCCUGUAUCCCCCUGUGUGACCCUGUAUCCCCCUGUGUGACCCUGUAUCCCCCUGUGUGACCCUGUAUCCCCCUGUGUGACCCUGUAUCCCCCUGUAUCCCCUGUGUGACCCUGUAUCCCCCUGUGUGACUCUGUAUCCCCCUGUGUGACCCUGUAUCCCCCUGUGUGACCCUGUAUCACCCUGUGUGACCCUGUAUCCCCCUGUGUGACCCUGUAUCCCCCUGUGUGACCCUGUAUCCCCCUGUGUGACCCUGGAUCCCCCUGUGUGACCCUGGAUCCCCCUGUAUCCCCCUGUGUGACCCUGUAUCCCCCUGUGUGACCCUGUAUCCCCCUGUGUGACCCUGUAUCCCCCUGUGUGACCCUGUAUCCCCCUGUGUGACCCUGUAUCCCCCUGUGUGACCCUGUAUCCCCCUGUGUGACCCUGUAUCCCCCUGUAUCCCCCUGUGUUACCCUGUAUCCCCCUGUGUGACCCUGUAUCCCCCUGUGUGACCCUGUAUCCCCCUGUGUGACCCUGUAUCACCCUGUGUGACCCUGUAUCCCCCUGUGUGACCCUGUAUCCCCCUGUGUGACCCUGUAUCCCCCUGUGUGACCCUGUAUCCCCCUGUGUGACCCUGGAUCCCCCUGUGUGACCCUGGAUCCCCCUGUAUCCCCCUGUGUGACCCUGUAUCCCCCUGUGUGACCCUGUAUCCCCCUGUGUGACCCUGUAUCCCCCUGUGUGACCCUGUAUCCCCCUGUGUGACCCUGUAUCACCCUGUGUGACCCUAGAUCCCCCUGUGUGACCCUGUAUCCCCCUGUGUGACCCUGUAUCCCCCUGUGUGACCCUGUAUCCCCCUGUGUGACCCUGUAUCCCCCUGUGUGACCCUGUAUCCCCCUGUGUGACCCUGGAUCCCCCUGUAUCCCCCUGUGUGACCCUGUAUCGCCCUGUGUGACCCUGUGUCCCCCUGUGUGACCCUGUAUCCCCCUGUGUGACCCUGUAUCCCCCUGUGUGACCCUGUAUCCCCCUGUGUGACCCUGUAUCCCCCUGUGUGACCCUGUAUCGCCCUGUGUGACCCUGUAUCGCCCUGUGUGACCCUGUAUCGCCCUGUGUGACCCUGUAUCCCCCUGUGUGACCCUGUAUCCCCCUGUAUCCCCCUGUAUCCCCCUGUGUGACCCUGUAUCCCCCUGUGUGACCCUGUAUCCCCCUGUGUGACCCUGUAUCCCCCUGUGUGACCCUGUAUCCCCCUGUGUGACCCUGUAUCGCCCUGUAUCCCCCUGUGUGGCCCUGUAUCCCCCUGUAUCCCCCUGUGUGACCCUGUAUCGACCUGUAUCCCCCUGUGUGACCCUGUGUGACCCUGUAUCCCCCUGUGUGACCCUGUAUCCCCCUGUGUGACCCUGUAUCCCCCUGUGUGGCCCUGUAUCCCCCCGUAUUCCCCUGUGUGACCCUGUGUGACCCUGUGUGGCCCUGUGUGACCCUGUAUCAUGUAUUGUACAUAAUUGUAGAUAAUUCAGAUAUUAUUAACAUGGUAAUAGGCCUAUGUGACAUUCUGCCUGAUUAUUGGCUGUUAUUAGUGUUUUUAUAAUGCACAGCCAGUGCCGAUGAAUGGUGAAUAUGAACCAUAAUGUUUUUACUAACUCUUGUCUCAUAAGGAAACAUAACUCUGCCUUACAAUAAACACCCUUUACACGGA